AUGUCAAACCGCAGCAACCAAGACAACUACUGGGUGGUGUUCUACCAGGACGCAGCCCGAUGGAUGCACAUAUUCCACAGCUCACUCAGGAGCGGUAAGUCCUUCCAAGCCCAGGUCGUCGUGCGUUACGUGGGAGAAAACCAGCUGACCGGCGAGGCGUACGUGCGCAAGCGUCCGGACGAAAAGCACAACAGAGCGGGCCGCAGGGCUCUCCGAGACGAGGCGGCCAACGUCACGUCGCUGGCGCGGGACCUGAAGGGAAAGGGGACGUCGCUGGCCGACGCCCACAUCGCCGAGCUGGUGCGCAAGACCGACCGUCCCGCCAACGACAAUCCGUAUGCCCUCCUCCAGGUCGAGGCCAGCUACUGGAAGCUCUACAACCUCGGGUCGCUGCACGGGCUCCUGUCGAAGCUCCGGGGCCACAGCAACAGCAGCAGCAGCAGCAGCAGCAGCAGUAGCACUAGCAGCAGCGCGCUGCCUGCCUUGGCCGCCCGCGUCGCUGGACACAUGCUGAUCGCCAUCAAGUCAAGCCUGGUGACGCCGGCGCGGGGCCUGCUGCACAACGACAUUGUCAGCGGCAACGUGUUUGUGCACUUCCCGCCGGGCGGGAAGGACAAGCUCCCCGACUUUUAUCUCGGGGACUGGGGGGACAGCACAGAGGAGAAUGGGCCCCGGCCGAGGUUCAACGGCGUCCAAGAGAGCCUCAGGAGGCUCGGUGGGAUUCUGGGCGAGAUCAAGCAGCUGAAUGGAGACGACUCGACCUUGUACGAUCAGAUAUCAGGUGUUUUGAGUAGCGUCUGCUCAGGAGCGCCGAAAAGGGACCGGGAACUGCUCAAGUUCCUGGCCAAGCGGCUGGACAAGGCCGUUGAGAGGGCGGACCAGCUCGAGAAGACUGCCCUCGAGGCCGCGGCGGGGAGCAUCGACCCUGUGCACGCCAUCCUGAAGAGCUUUGUGAUAGUUCCCGGACCGACGCGCUACAGGACCGAGGAGGAAGCCGAAGCGGCUGUCGAGUCGAGGCAGCUCCGCGGCUGUACUCUGCAGCUGGUGGAGAAGGGCAAGAUAGAUUUCACAAAGGGCAAGGUGGCGGGAGAAAGCGACUCCUCCUCAUCGAGCGACGCGUCCUCCAGCGACUCGUCGAUGGCGGAUCUGGUUGGAGAUUCCGCCGGAUCUGAGUAA